UUUUACUAACCUCUAGAAUGCAUUAUUGUUUUUGAAAAUGAAAAUUCAGUUAGAGUUCAUGCUUUCGAUUGACCACUGUAGUUGCUUGCAUUUGGAAUCGAACCUGAAACUACCCCCGAGUGUGAGAAAUUGCCACAGGUUGCACUUCCGCUGGUAUCCAAUCGUUGCCAUUGAUUUUCUGCGUGUGCUUUAAAUUUGUUGUUCAUUAUUUUCUUGUUAGCCAGUGCAGUGAAAACAACUUUUACAAACGAAAAAACAGAAAUAGCUGCCAUUUCACCCGUAAAUUGAAAACGAACAAAAAUACGAAAGCGAACGCUCCCAGGCAUAAACACACUACCAGCACCCUCCAUGGGAAGUCUUGAAUUUGUAUAUCGCGUCGGCUGAUAACCUGCUCCGUAAGCGACUUUUUGGCGGCCCAAGUCGAAGCAGUGCGGGCCCGCUUUCAGUGGCAAAACAAUGGUCGUAACUGGCGCGUAAUUAGCACACAAAAAAGUCAGUGAAGCCAAUUUGUUUGCAUAAAGUGUUUCAUGUGCGUGAGAGGAGUGUAUCCCCGAGAUACUGAGUGCGGAAAUGGCCUAGGGCCGCUCUAAAUUCACAAACAAACUACACACACCAUUCGUCGGCGACAGCAGCAACAUGGCAGGCGAAGCGCCAGCAGCAAUAUCGCCAGCGGGCUGCAGCAUCGCCAACACCAGCAAAAUCAGCAACAGCAGCAACAGCAACAGCAACAGCAAGGAGAGUAGUCCCGAUCCCGUCCAGCAGCAGUUGAACUCCAGUGUGGACAGUGGCAUCGCGGUGCUGGAGGCGGAAACCCCGACACUAAGGAGACGCCAGCGACUGCACCAGUGCCAGCGCAUCCUCCAGGUGUUGCAGCGGGACCAUCUCACCCACCAGCAGCUGCGCGAUAGAUUAAGCAAACUAGCCAAUAAGAAGUGGAAGAAGGAGGAGACCAGCGAGGAUAACCACUGCAACGUCUGCUGUGCGGACUUGGAUCUGAGCAGUGACAAAAACUACGUGACAUGUUGCACCUGCGGAAAAGCCGUUUGCCGCGGGCCAAAGUGCGCCGACUGGCGACCCAAGGACGCCAAGUGGGAGUGCCAGCUGUGCCAGAGCUCCAAGGAGUCGCUGGCCCACACCUCGUCGUGGGUGGCCGAGCAAAUGUCCUUCAACCAGCACAAGUUCGUCUACCCAAUGAGGGCGAGGAGCGAGGUCUACAUACCCAUUGUGGGCGACGGCAACGACAGCAGCAUGCAGUUCGAGAGCGUUAGCCAGAUCGGCCAGACUGCCGGUCUGGACGAGCGGGCCAAGAUCCGCGAGUACGUGGAGGAGAUCGUGGCCGAAAUGCUGGGCGGGAACUUGGACCACAUCAAAGUGGGGCAGCUGUCCAAAAGCGAGAACUACUUGCAACUCUUUGAUAAAUUCCAUGCGAAGCUGAGUAACCUGCUUAUCAAUGUGGAGAACGGUUUGUGCGCGCGAGCGCUCAAGGCAGAUCUGCCAGCCAUAGUAAAUGGCCACAACAGCGGCCAAGGCAAUGGCCCGAACAAUAACAAUAACAAUAACAAUAAUAAUAACAACAAUGCCGACUCCGAGCUGGCCGACAUCUCGCAGACCCGACUACGCAGUCUCAUCGAGACCAUCAUAGCGGAGACCCUGCGGAGCUCGUCCUUGAGCGCCAGCGGAGCCGUAUCGGAGAUCAGUCUGGACACCCGAUCCCACGCCUCCGAGCUGGCCAACGGGAAUGGCGUGAGGCGGCGCCAUCGCACCGAGCACUAUUUCGAGCCGAAGAUCUACCAGGAUCUUCUGGCCACGGCGGUGCUGAACAAGAUUGCGGAUAAGGAAGGGAAUACAAGGCUGUUGGCCGAGAGUACGCCGGACUUGAGUGGUCGCCACAUUGACGAGAAUUUCAAUGCCGAAGCGCUGAGCACCACGUCCGGAAGCUCGAUAGAACCACGCAGUGACUGCAGCCUCACUGAUCAUGAAAUCGGACUGGAUAAUGGCAAAUCCAAGUCCCUGCAAACGGAUUUGGAAAGGGAGUCCGUCCUUAGUGAUUAUAUAGCCGCACAUAUGGUGCCACUGCCAGACUUUUCAGCAUCCGUCACCGAAUCCGAGGAUGAUAUAGGAUCCAUCUCCUCGGGCGUUAUCGGUGAAGGAAACUGGGAAGACAACUGGCUGUUCAAGAAGAAACGCAGCUCGGCCACCCCGAGCAGCAUUGGCAUGCUGGUGCCCGCACCCAGGGAGAAUGUCCGGGCCCAGAUUGGCGACAAGACCACUGACGAGGUCAGCGAUCUGUCGGAGAUGGGCUCGGAUAUCGAGGAGAGCUCUCUGGAUCUGUUGCGAUGCAACGACCUGAACGAUCGUCUGCUGAGCAAACACCUUAUUGGAGGUCAGAACACUAAGCUGGUCCUCGACGAGCUCGUAGACCGCACCAGUCUGACGUCCCACACAUUGCUGGAGGAGCACGAGCCAGCGUUUACGGAGACAACCAACGAGUUUGUGGUGUCUCCCAUGGCCGUGCCAUCUGAUAUUAAAGCUCCCUCCCGGACACCACCACCACCACCACCGCCAAUGAUAUUCCAAGACGACUUGGUGAAUGAGGAGCCAGACCACACUCCCAUUGCAGACCCACGCGAAACCGAAGAGCUGACCAGCCUCGAUGGCUGCACUGGCUUCAGCACUGUCGAGUACAUCGACGAAGAGCAAAUGCACGAGACCGUACCGUCGGUAAUUGAGAUCCUGGCGGCCAUGGCCUUGGGACCCAUGCUAGCGGUUCCUGCAUCCGAGCAGCCCGGCGCCAUGACUCCCAGCGAGUUGCACACACUCAAGGAGCUGAGUGACUUGGCCCUCGCCGAGAUUAACGCUCGCUCAGUGGACCUGGCGCGCGCGCACUCGCUGGACAUCAUUGAAGAGGAGAACUCCGAGCCGUUAGAGCCUGCUCUAGAGUCAUAUUUUUGUACUGAACAACCGCCAGCACUCACAGCAACUCCAACUCCAGAUCUAAACUCCGCAGAAGAAAUUGUUCCACCCCCACCAGCACUAGAACUGGUUCCUGAGUUUAAGUCUCCGCCGCCGACUGAAGUUGUUCAAGAGACCGAAACUGCCUUCAUGGAUUCUUCAGUUACUCUUGAAACAGAAUUGGAUAAAGUGGAACAGUCAACCCCUGCCGUUGUAGAUCCACCGUCACCUGUGCAAGUUUCUCAAGUAGACUCUUUCGUCGUGAGUCAAACAGAGCCUGUGGAAAUUUUUGCAGAAAACCAGCCCGUAGAAGUCAAUAUACCAGCUCCUUUGGAUCCCAUGGAACCACAUUCUAAGGCAGAAGUUAUUUUUCUGAAAAAUCCUGUGGAUGUGGAUUUCCAUAAGCCUAUUCAAUUUGUUCAAGAAGCUGGAAAUGACACUUUGGAAAAUGUUGUUGAUACACAGACCUCCGUGUUGGAUAUAACACCGCCUUUGGAUACCGGCACAGGAAUAGAACCCGUCACAGCGCCUACGGAUUUUCAAUCUGACUUAGCGGAUCCCCCAGAAGUCGCCGAACAUGCAGAAUUUGCUACCGAAAUUCAAUCAGACAAAGUCGAUCGACCAUCUGAACCUGUAGAAAUAAUUUCAGAGCCUGUAACAAAAAUAAACCCUGAGCCCAGUGAAAAUGCUUCAAAAACUGGUUGUAGCGAAGUGAAACUGCCAGAGUCUGAUGAAAAUGUUCCAGAAACGGAGCCCCUUAUAGUGGAUGUACCAGCGCCAAUUGAAGUUGUACCAGAACAACAAUCUAAUGAAGUGGAUCUACUAGAAACUAUAGAAGAUUUUCCACGGAUUGCAUCCGACAUCGUGGAAAUUAUUCCGCAACCCUCAACAACGGAUCUCCCUGAAUCUGUCGAAAUUGUUUCAGAAACAAUAUGUUGUGGACAUGAUCCUUCACAGUCGGUGAAAACUGUUCCAGAAACACAACCUUUGGUCGUGGAUUUACCAGCGCCAAUUGUUAUUGUUCCAGAACCCGUAGCAGUGAAACUCCCUGAAUCAGUUGAAAUUGUUUCAGAAACAGGAUGUGGCGUAGCAGUGAAACUCCCGGAAUCUGUUGAAAUUGUCUCAGAAACAGGAUGUGACGGACUUGAUCCUUCCCAGUCGGUAGAAACUGUUCCAGCAACACAGCCCUUGGUAGUGGAUCUAACAGCGCCCAUUCCAAUUGCUUCAGAGCCCGUAGCAGCGGUACUUCCAGAACCUGUUCAAAUAAAACCAGAAAAAGGGUGUGGCGAACUAGAUCCCCAACAGUCUACAGAAACUGUUUCUGAAACCAUGCUGUUUGUAGGGGAUCUACCAGCGCCAAUUGAAGUUCUUACUGAACAGCAACCUAUUGCAGUGGAUCAACCAGGCACUAUAAAAGACGCUCCACAGAUAACAGCGGAAACUUCAAAGGCUAUUGACAUUAUUUUCGAAACAGUAUUUUUCGAAACACGUCUGAAAGAAUCAGCAGGAAUUGUUCCUGAAACACAGCACUCUGCAGCAGUUGAUCCGCUAACUGAAACUAUUCCAGUGAUACCACUAGAACCAUUAGAAGAUAUUUCAGAAACUCUGCCUGCACACGUAGAAUUUGUUUCUCAGGCCGGAUCCUUGGAUGUGGAAUCAUCAACGCCUUCGCAAAUUAUUUCUACAACUCAGGAAGUCCAAGAAACAAGUUUGGUAGCAGUAGACACACCAGUAACUGAAGAAGAUGUUUCUCUGAAAGAAUCUGUACUUGUAGAAAUUACUUCAGAGCCCGUGACAGCGGAUCUCCAUAAACCUAUUGAAAUUAUUUCAGAAACAGGAUAUGGCGAAGUGCAUCCAUUAGAGUCUGCUGAAACUGUUCCACAACUACAGUCUAUUGAAGUGGAUCCACCGAAAACUAUAGAAGACGUUUCACAGAUAGCAUUUGUACUAUUAGAAAGUAGUCAAGAACCUGUAGAAGCGGCACUCCCUGAACCUAUUGAAAUAGUUUCAGAUACUGGAUGUAGCGAGGUGGAUCUGCCAGAGUGUGCUGAAACUGUUCCAGAAACAGAUCCCUAUAGAGUGGAUAUACCAGCGCCAAUUGGAGUUGCUCCAGAACAACAAUCUGAUGAAGUGGAACCUCCAAGAAUAAUAGAAGGAAUACCACAGAUUGCAUCUGUCACAUCGGAAAUUAUUCUGGAAACCGUAGCAGCGCAAUUCCCUGAAUCUGUUAAAAUGGUUUCAGAAGCAGAAUGUGGCGAACUUGAUCCUCCACAGUCUGCAGAAACUGUUCCCUUGGAAGUGGAUCUACCAGCGCCAAUUGCAAUUGUUCCAGAACAACAGCCUAAUGCAGAUGAUCCACCAAAAAGUAUAGACGAUUUUUCACAAAUACCUUCUGUACUUGUAGAAAAUAUUCCAGAACCCUUAGUAGCGGAAUUCAACGAACCUGUUGAAAUUGUUUCAGAAACAGAAUGUGACGAGCUGCAUCCGCCACAGUCUGCAGAAACUGUUUCUGAAACACCGCCCUUUGUAGUGGAUCUACCAUUGCCAGUUGAAAUUGAUCAACAACAACAGCCUAUUUCAGUGGAAACACCAGAAGCUAUAGAAGAUAUUCCAAAGACAGCUGCGGACAUCCCAACGGCUAUUGAAAUUAUUUCCGAAACAGUACUGUGCGAGUUAGGUCUGCCAGAAUUUGCAGAAAUUAUUGCUGAAACACAACCCCACGCGGAAAUUGAUCCACUUACUGAAACAAUUGGAGAACCAGAACCAUUCGAGAUUAUUUCUGAAACUCAACCUGUUGUUUUACAGGCAGAACACGACGAUGUAGAAUCAUCAAAGCCUUUGCAAGUUAUCCCUUCGAAAGUCGUUUCAAGUCCAGUAGAAAUCGCAACAACUGAGGAAGUUCAAGAAACGAAUUUAAAUACAGUGGACACACCAGUAACUGUAAAUGAUGUUCCGCACUGUUCUGUACCGGUAGAAAUUAAUUCAGAACCCGUUACAGCAGAUCUCUCUGAACAUAAUAACAUUAUUUCAGAAACAGGAUGUGGCGAAACAAAUUCGGUCGCAUUGGACAUAACAGUAACUGCAGAAAAUGUUCCCCAGAAAGAACCUGUCGAUACGAAGCUCCCAGCGCCUUUGGAAACCAUCAUUCUAUCUGAUGAAGUGGUUGCCCAAACUGAUGACCUCAUAGUAGAACCCCCAGCGACCGUGGAAGGUUUUCCAGUAGUACAAUCUAUGGUCGAAAAUCCACCUUCAGAAUUAUUACCUGAAGCACAUUGUGUGGAAAUUAUGGAUCCGUCGCCUGAGGAGCCUGAAUCUUUCGCUGUAAGUUCUCCAGAAUCUGUAGAAGCCAUUAUAGUGGCACAAUCUGUCGCAGUGGAGAAGCUGGUGCCUGAAGAAAUGUUUUCUAAGACGGAUUGUUCAGCUGUUGAAGCAAUGGCUACUGUGGAGGAAACUGUUUCCGAAAUACAACCACUUGUUUCAGUCGGCGUCAAACUACCGGAGCUUUUGGAAAAUGUCCCAGAAACACAUGGCGCUGCAGAAGAACCGUCUCCAGAAUCAGAACAAACUACAUUUAUAGAUCCCCCUGAGCCAAUAGAAUGUGUUUCUCAAGUGGAAAAUGACUGCGUAAACGUACCAACGUCUGAGGAAGUAGUUUCAGACACACAUCUCCACGAAAUGGAUAGCCAAACGUCUGUUGAAAAUGCUGUCCAAGCUGAAUCUGUUCCAAUGGAGCCACCAACUCAUGUUGUCAAGGUUUCUCAACCCAUAUCCCCCACACUGCCGCAAACGGUUUUAGGCACGGAAUCUAUUGACACGGAUUCAACGGUGUUGGUGAAAGAUGUUCCUCAAACAGCUUCUGUCGUUCUUAGUUCAUCUCCGACUUCUGAAAUUAGUGCAGAAACACAAUUCACAUUGACUCCUGUUCCUCUGGAAGUUGUAGAUGCUCCAGCAUCUAAUAUUUUACAGAUAGAAUUAGAGAACAAAGAGUCAACGUAUAUGGUUGCCCAACCUGAAACUCCUGCAAUGCCAACAUUAGCGCCUGUGGAAAUGGUUCAAGAAAUUUCACCUAUCAUAACAACUUCAACAGCGCUAGAACCAUUACCUCUUGAAGAUUUACCACUACCUUCAGAAGUGGUUCCACAAUUAGAACCUGCCGAUCUGGAAUCCCUACCGGCAACGGAAGUUAACGCAAAAUCUGUUGCAAUAAGUAAUGCGGAAGUGGUACUCGAAACAGGAAUGGUCACGGAGAAACAACCCGAUCCUCCGGAUAUUCUCGCAGACACAGACAAAGAGUCAACCCAAGCUGUUCUUUCAAGCGAAAAUGUCUCGGUGGAGUCCCCUACGCCUGAAGAAAUUAUUGCUUUCCUUCCAAAAGGGGAACGGGAAUUUAUUGUUGUUGAUCCACCAGAAGCUCAAGUUGUUCGGGAUUUGGGAAUUGAUUUAGUCCAGCACGAGAAGGAUGUUCCCAACACUAAAUCUAUCGACAUGGAACCCCCUGCCCAAUUGGAAAUGGUUUUGGGAGCACAACUGAUCACUUUGGAUACAAUAACGUCUGAGGAAGUUAUAUGUCAAGAACUUGCUUUUUCCGAAAAUCAAACAACAGUUGCGGAAAUUCUCUCUGUGAAUACACUUGAAUCUGAGAAAGUUCCAAUAGAUCAUGACUCUGUCGCAGUUGAACUCACUUCACCUGGAGAAACUUUUUCUGAGACGGAAUCUAACUCUGUAAAAACAAAUUCAACCGGUGCAGAGUUUAACACGGCUUCUGAGGAAAUUGUUUCAAAGGAAAUCGUUUCAGAGCCGUUGGCAAAUGCAGAAAAUGAACCACAAGUAAAAUCAGCGAAUGUAAGUCCGCCGUUAAAUAUGGAAACCGUUCCAGAAAAUUCUUUACUAUUGGAUCCCACCGCGUCUGCAAAAAUUGUUCCAGAAACACAGCCUAGUGCAAUAGGUCCAUCAGAAUCUGUAGGAAAAAUUUUAGUAGCACAAUCUAUCUGUGUGGAAAUGUCGUCUGAAGCAGAACCAGUCACAAUGCAUACCAGAGUGCCCGAGGAAGUUGUCCCUCAAACUGCAGAAGUCGCCGUAGCCCUACCAAAGUUUGGGGAAACUGUGGAGAAAAAGCUAGGAAACGUACAAUCACUAGCAGCACUAGCAGAAUCUAUUGAUGUAGAACUUCCUUCUCGGGAGAAAAAAAUUGACUGUAUUGCAGUGGAUCCGCCAGCUUCUGCGGAAAUUCUUUCAGAAAUCGACACAUCCGAAGAUCCUGCCAUUAAUACGCCAGAGCCCAUAAUCGAACUUUCAGAAAAAGAAACUGAUAACAUGGAAGUUUCAGUGCCUCCAGAAACUCUCUCGGGAACUAUAUAUCUCGCAGCGGAUUCUCCAGAAUGUUGGCCACCAGCGCUAGGAGAAGUGGUUUCAGAAAAAGAAUCUCCAGCAUGCGUGAAAAUUGACCCACAAUUGCAAUCUGUGUCAGUGGAUUCUUCAGAAUCACUAAAAGUUAUUGUAGAGGCAGACUCCAUCGCACAGAAACCGGUAACACCGGAACUCUUCGCUACUGCGGAAGUUGGGCCAGAAGCACAAGUGGUCGCCAUGGAGGUGGAUCCGUCAGACUCACUGGAUCAACCAGCAACUGCAGAACCAAUAAAAAAAACAGAUUUUGUCAACGAACACUCACCCGAAACUCUGAAAGUAAUUUUAAUGGGAGAACCUAUAGCAGUGGAAACCCCAAUGCCCAUGGAACUUAAUCCAGAGAUGGAAUCUGUCACUGCGGAACCAUUAAAUACAGAGAAAGUCAUUCCCCAAGCAGAUACUGUUUCAGAAAACGGAUCCGACAAUAAAGAUACGGCUUCAAAAAGUGCACCCGAAACACACUCUGUUUUAGGAGAUACUCCGGAAGAUGUGGCACAGGGUGACAAUGUCGGUGUGAGCACAUCAGAUCCUGUGCCAAUGCUUCCUACAAAUUUGGAACAGUCAGCUCCAUUGGAUAUUGUUCCAGAAACGCAAGCCGUCACAAUGGAAAUAGAACCGAAAGCUCAAGCUGUCGCAAUGGGAGCAGAAGUAACAGUAGUUAAUUUGGAAAUUCAAUCUAUCACCGAGCCAUUGAAAGUGGUUCCGGAGGCAGAAACUCUUGCUGUGGAACUUACAGCUCCGGUGGAAAUUGCGAAAAUUAACUCAGAAGUCAAACCAAUCGAAAUGCAACCUCCAAAAACAGAUGUUGACAAUACGAAACCCCCAGUAUCAUUGAAAAUGACACCAGUGACUAUGGAAUUUUCGCCAGAGGCGCUGACUACCUCUGCGGAACCCUUAGCUGCUAUUGAAGUUAUUGAUCAAGCCGAGAAUGUUACUUUGGAGUUCAGAAGCAGUUCCCCUGAAGCAAUUCCCAAGACGGAUUCGGUCGCUGUGGAUUCUCCAUUUUUAGAGCACAUUAUUCCUGAACGAGACUUAGUUCCUGAACCCCAAGUUGAUGUGAAAACUAAUUCAGAAACAGUGUCUGCCCCGGUGGAUUUAACUGCAAUUGUACAAGGAGAAACCACAGCACCUGUCAACGUUCUUUCAGAAGAUAGCUCUAUUGCAAUGGAUCCACCCGAUCUUAUCGAUGUCGAACUGAAUACACUUCUAGGAUCCCAAUGCCUGUCAGCAGGACCCCUUAAGCCUAUAAAUGUUGAAAUUAUUCCUGAUCUUCAGCCAGUGGAAGUUGUUCCUGAAAAACAAUCUGUUAAAGACGAAAACGAAGUUCCUGCUGAAAUCGAUGUAGAUGCACAAGCAGCCGCAGUCGUUUCUGUUGAAGUUCUUCCUGAAACAGAAUCCUGCCCAGUACUACCACCAAUAUAUGUGGACAAUCUGGAAGAAGUGGAGAUUGUCGCUAAAGAAACACCACCAUCUGCAGAAGACAUUUCGAAGAAUGAUAAGGAUUGCACCGAAGCGCCCGAUAAUUCACAAUCAGCCAGCACAGAGCGAGAGUUGCAAAGCAAAUCGGAAUUCACAUCAGAUAAGUCUGCAGGAGGUAUCCAAAGACGUGAUUCGAUAGACUCCACUAAGAGCGAUUGUUCCGCUCUAGGUUCCAUUGCGGAGCGCGAGGUGAAGAAGUGGUACAAUGCCGUUGAAAUGCCAAAUAAUCCAUACGCCCCGGAGGCUCUGAAGCAGCGCAUCAGCGGCACCCAGGAGCGGUACAUGGAUGUGCCAAACAUCAGUCCGAGUGCGGAGCAAAAGGCUCUGGCAUCGGCGCUGACGGAAAAUCCGGAACCGUCAACGCCACAAACGGACUAUAAGCGGUACAGCCGCGACUACUACAUCAACAAUGCUCCCAUCCCCACAGACAUCACGGGAAGCGGAAGGGCCCCAUCCUCCAUCUCCGAGCCGCAGCGUGCUGCCGAGGAUGUGGAGGACAUCGUGAUCAACGAGGCUCAAAAAGCAAGCGAACCUGCCCCAGAGCAGGAACCGUCACAGGAUUCGGUGUACAAAGCCUUGCCAGUUCAGGUCCUGGAUGACUCCCUGGAUUCCCAGUCGAAUCCCUCGCUGCACUCCCUGCAAACCACGACUACGACCACCAGCGACGAGUCCGACACGGUGCGCAUCUACGACUUCAACAAGCAGGAAACGACGGUUAUCAAGGCUGCUCGGGAGGAGCAGCUGCCCAGCACCUCCACCUCGUCGUCUAUGGAGUCCGCCCAGAGUGCUUCCUUUGACUCGUCGGCCUCCAAGAAGCGGGAGCGACCUGUGGUCCUCCAGUUCGGUCCAGGCCAAUCGGCGCCCACAAUUGGCUCACCUGUCGGUACACCCACGCGGGGAUCGACUCCGCCUGCCUUUAGGUUCUUGCAGCCGAAACGCCGCCUGAUCGAUCCCAGUCAAGUGCUGUCUGUCGAUGAAGACGAUGUGCCUGAACCUUCCACUCCCGCGGCGGAGAAGCCCGCCAUCGAAGAUGAAGUGGUCCACUCCAUGCCGUCUGUCAAGGCUCUGGCUCAGGCCUUUCUUCUGACCAGCAAGCACACACAACCGCAGCGAAGAUGGCGGGCAACGGUAAGAAUAGCUGCCCCGCCAGAUACUUCCGAUAAGCCGAGUUCGUCACUGGGAAAGCGUAACAAGCUGGAGCAUGCCGUCUCCAUGGCGGAAGUUGCGGAUGAAUCGACGAUCGCCUCCGACCUAUCAUCCCUCGAAACCGAUCCAUCGAUACAUUCGGAAGGCAAUCCACCCAUAGCCUCGCCGGCGAGUCCUGUGCCCGUGCGGCAUGGCUUCCUCCGGAGCAAUAUUGCUUUCUUUGAGAAUUUAAAGUUCAAGUGAAUAUGCGCCUGCGGUUUCGUAAGUGUGCGGCCAUUGGACGAUUUUUCCGAAAGGAGAAAAUGCUCUGUAAUAGCGAGGCACACAGCCCAUAAUCCAAACCAAAUCUUCGCCAAAAACCAUGUGCCAUGGCCUCCAUCCUCAGACCGAAAA